UUUUUAAUCUCAUAUUGUUAAAUUUUUCUCUAAUGGAUAAAAGUUGGAUUAGCAAACCACCAUUGUCUAAAGAAUAUCGUGAUGGUGUUAAAAGCUUCAUUAAUUUUGCAAGGAAAAAUUCUUCUAAUAGCAACUCUAUUCUGUGUCCCUAUGUGGAUUGUACAAACUGUCACUUGUUAACAUGUGAUGAAGUUGAAGAACAUCUAAUCUUUAGAGGGUUUUUGCAAGGGUGCAUUCACUGGUUUUGCCAUGGAGAGUCUCCCACAUUAGCUUCUUUUGAUCAGUUUCUUGUGCAAAAUGAAUCUUACUCUCAAAGGGCUUCUGAAUUGCAUGUUGAUUCAGAAAAUGAGCAGUGUUGUUGGCUGUCGGACUUCGUUUAUAUGAUUGUGUUGGCUAAUUUUUGUUUACUGCAUGCUAAUAUGUACAAAAAUUAUGGAUGUGGUGAACUGUGUACAGAGAAUAGGGUGUUGGAAGAGUGAUUAGGAGGAAAUAUGUGUGGUUUUUAGGUUUUGAUUUCUUGGAACUUCUUUUGUCUAAUAAGCUAUGUGUAGAGAAACGCAGAUUGAUUUGCUGGAAUUUUGUAGUUUGAGCUCUACAUUGUAGUUAAUCUUGUUUAUUGCUUGUAAAUGUGAUCUGAGUUUCACUAAACAAGAAUGAAACAUGUUCUUUUUUGUUGUAUCCUGAAAAUUACUCUCCAGAUUAUUGAAGAAGGUUGUUCUUGCUGAUAAACAGCGCUCUUCAUUGGAAUUGAUUUCAUCCUUCCACAGCUGUCAACAUUGGAAAGUAUACCAUUCUCCUUGCACGACGAUGCUUUUGUUCUGAAGUUAAUCCAGGAACACCAACAAGCAGGCAGCCAAAAUAUCCCUCGGAGUUCCAUUCAUUCAGGUUCAAGGUCUUGCAUCAAAUCAGUAGGCUUCAAACUCUGAAACCAUAGGAAAUACAUGUAAAAUCAACAUACAGCCGAGUAGCAAUAGGAAACAAAGAGGCGUAUAAGUCUGGUUAGUGUACAUAACAGUGGAUUAUGAGAUUAUCCAAGGUUACUUUUGGAAUAACGUCUUGUUCCGCAC